AUGUGCUGAGACAGUGCUGCACUGUGCAACAUCCCCCCCACCGUCCCUCCUGCGCCUGCCCCCCACAUCCUGCUGUCAUCCAGGUCAGGGGUACAAAUUCGGCAGACAGGAACCUGGUCACAGAGGAGACGCCCUGCAGGAUGUCAGACUCUUUGGUGGUAUGUGAUGUGGAUCCUGAUCUCAAGGAAAAGCUGAGGAAGUUUCGUUUCAGGAAGGAGACCAAUAAUGCCGCCAUCUUGAUUAAAAUUGACAAGGAGAAACAGCUGGUGGUCUUGGAGGAGGAGUUUGAGGACAUUUCCCCAGAUGAUCUACAGAAUGAGCUCCCAGAACGUCAGCCUCGAUUCCUUGUGUAUAGUUAUAAGUACCAGCACGAUGAUGGACGUGUCUCUUACCCGCUGUGUAUGAUAUUCUCCAGCCCAGUAGGAUGUAAGCCGGAGCAGCAAAUGAUGUACGCUGGAAGUAAGAACAGACUGGUACAGAUUGCUGAGCUCACCAAGGUGUUCGAGAUCAGGACCACCAGUGACCUGACAGAAGAAUGGCUGAAGGAACGUCUGUCUUUCUUCCGCUGAGAGUGACCUGAUUUUACAUUUAUCGAGUCCUUUUUUUUGACUAAUAAACACAACCUCUUCUUACAUGCCUGUGUAUUGACGU